AUGUCGAAUUUUCAUUUAUCUUCGCGUGAAAUAAUCAUAACGGAUAAUAUUCUUCGAGCUCAAUGUCAAAAAACUGAUGGAACAUGGAAUAAUUCAGAAGUUGAUUUAAAUACUUGUUUAAGUAAUGAAAAUGGUCAAAUUAUUUGGAAACUCAAUGGACAGUUUGCUGAUUCUUGCUCUCAAAUAAAAAAUAUUGACCAAAGUUCAAUUUUAACCUGUGAAGUACAACGUGGCGAUGGACAGUGGGUUACAACACAAAUUGAUUUGAGGGAACAUAUUGGAAAUAAUGAUGGAACACUUUAUGUUUCAUUGAAUAAUCAAAAUAAUUCAUCAACAUCACUAGAAGAUACUUGUCGAAUGGAAGCAUUAAGAGUACAUAAUGUAUUACGAGCACGUCAUGGUGUACCUCCACUUGUACUUGAUGAUAAGAUGAGUAAGAAGGCACAAGAUUACGCAGAAUUUCUAGCAAAUAAUGGCCUACUUCAACAUAGUUCGCCAGAAGAACGUGAUGAACUUGGAGAAAAUAUAUUUGCAGAAUUUGAAGCUCGACCUGAAAAUAAUCUUGAUUUAGGUCGUCGGGUGGCUCAAGCGUGGUAUGAUGAAAUUAAAAAUUAUGAUUAUAGUAAUCCUGGUUUUGCUAUGAAUACCGGCCAUUUUACUCAAGUGGUUUGGAAAGACACAAAUAAACUUGGAAUUGGUGUUGUUUUUGUACCAGAUAGAAAAAUUAUUGUUGUUGGACGUUACUCUCCACCGGGAAAUGUUCCGGAUCAAUUUACAGAAAAUGUUUUACCACUCUCUUAA